UAAAAUUUUUCUUUUCAAAAAUUAAUUUCAAUAAUAUUUGGUAUGUAUGAAUAUAUAGGUGGAUAAAUAUGCUGGGCAACGCACUCAUGAAGAGCUUAAAGUUUAUGUAUCAAAAAUGCUUGAGAAAGGAAAUGACCAAGCUAACACUAAGACUGAAAAUUUAGAUAGCACAACUCAUACUGUACUCAGUUUAACUGGUGAGAGCUUUAAACAUGGUAUCGAAAACGGCAUUUCAUUCGUUAAGUUUUUCGCACCUUGGUGUGGGCAUUGUAAACGUUUAGCGCCUAUUUGGAAAGAUCUUGGGAAAAAAUUCUUAACAAACGACAAUGUGAAAAUAGCAAAAGUAGACUGUACUCUCGAUGUAAGUAAAGAAUUGUGCAAUGAACAAGAAGUAGAUGGUUUUCCGACUUUGUAUUUAUAUCGCGACGGACUUAAAGUUUCUGAAUACAAUGGUGCUCGAAAUUUAGACGAUCUCACCGAAUUUGUAUUGAAUUAUAUACAGCCGCAUGACGAAUUGUGAUUAUGCAUAUUUUUCUUGUAACUAAUCUAAUUUUAAAGCAAUAUCAUUAACUUAAACUGAUUUUAUAUUUAUAUAUAUAUAUAUAUAUAUAUAUAUAUAACGUUUAAUUUAAUUAUACAUAAAUGUAAGAAGCAUCACAUAAAAACCCCAAGGUAACCAGGCCAUAUAUUUUUCAUUUUUGUAUAAAAUAUUAAAAGAAAAAUAUUACAGAACUAUUAUAUUUUUGCGUGAACUAAUCGUGUACUUCCAAAAUAUAUUUAUAAAAUUA